AAUCUUCGGUGUUUUAACAAAGGAAUUGUCGCCGACAUGAUUGUCUACGGUGUAAUGACGGUCUGUGCUCUUGUCGUGGUUUUUGCUGAUCAACAGGUUCCGAGGAAAAUGAGACCCAUUCCCGUAUUCAGGGAUUCACCACCGGCUGGACUUACAUUACCGAACAAUGCAACUGCCAUUCGGGAGAAUAUCGUUGACACUUUCUCAUGUGAAAACAGAAUUUACGGAUAUUACGCCGAUGUAGAUAACGAUUGUCAAAUAUUUCACGUCUGCAUGCCCCAAAAUAGGGGUGCAAUAAGAUGGAGUUUCAUAUGCCCUGAGAGCACGGUUUUUAAUCAGGCGACAUUUGUCUGCACAUGGGAAAACGAUUCAAUUCCUUGUGAGGAAUCUGAGCAAUAUUAUGGCCUCAAUGAGGAAUUCGGUAAGGAGGAGCCACAGGAACCGGAAGGUACGGAAAAUCCUCAGAGCCCAGAGGAGGCGACUUACAACCCUGAGGAAUAUCCACCAAACAAUGAAGUACCAGUGACUCCAUUCUAUGGCAACACUCGGGGAAGGGGUAAAAAAAAUCGCGGUGGCAAAAGUUAUUCCUCAGAAGGAACAACAAAAUUUCCUUCAUCAACAGAAAACAAUGACGAAUAAUUGGCAUAAAUUUAUUCUUCACACAUAAUUUCACAUAUUCUAAUUAAUCUCGCGUUAAAUCGUCCAGGUAAUACUGUUCACCAAGAAAGCAAAAGCAGAUAACUUACACAAUGUCCCAAUGCCUCUGGAUAUGUACAAUAAUUUUUCAAUUAAUCAAUCAAUAGAUGUAAAUAAAAUAUCAGAUUGUAUGUACAAUAAAUUGAUAUGUCUGCGAUAA